AUGAAAUUUUCAUUUUUUAUUUCACUUUCGCUUAAAGACUUCCGGAACAUCACUUCGGCCGUUGAAACCGGAACUCAUAAAAAAUUGAUAGUGGUUCGAAGACGAGCCAAAGACAUUAGGAUUCCAUAUCGUAGUUUAGGAUGGGGCGCAUCUACAUCCGCAACAGAGCCGACUGGCUUUCCAGGAAGGUCGUACGAUACGUCUCUUUUGGUAAAGUACGAGCAUCAUGUUGCUCGAUAUUUAUGGUUUAGUGAGGAGAGAGGUCCGAAGAAAAAGUUGAAGGUUGUUGGACACAGGCUUAAGUUGACAUCGAGGGUUCCACAAGCUCUUUCACAACAGAUGGAGAGUUGGGUUUCUAGGUCUGGAUUAUCUUCACUUCAGAGAACUAGUUUGACAAAGAUAGACACAAAACUGGUAUCCAUAUUUGUGGAGAGAUGGCAUCUAGAGAAAUCUUUAUUUCACAUGUCGUUUGGUGAGAUGAACAUUACUCUGGAUGACGUCUCUUGUCUGCUUCACUUACCCAUCAGAGGUGUGUUCUGGAGCCCUCAAGAUGUCACUGAAGAGGUUGUUGUUGAACUUGUUGUUGACUACUUAGGAGUGUCACAGAGUGAGGCACAUGCAUAUGUUCGUAGCUACAUAGGUUUUUAUUAUAAGUUGGAGUGGUUAUACGAUUUAUUCGUAGCGUAUACAGUUGCUUCUAGCUGGGCAUAUGCGACUAUAGCGUAUUUACUGAUGUUGGUGGGUUCCACAAUUUUUGCCGACAAGACCUUUACGCUUGUCAAGACAUGA